CUGUUUUGGCUUGGCAGACAGCCUGCUUGCCUGCCCACUGAGCAAAGAAAUUUGGGAGCCUUUGAGGCUCAGUCUGUGUGUGGAAAUUUUGACGACCUGACAGUGACCAGGCUUUUGUUGCACCAAUUAAAAAUCUUCUUAACGGCUUUCUGACAUUGAUGACUUGAACUGAAGACAAGUGCAGAGUCUUGUACAGAAGAGCGAGAGCUUCGCCACCACAUCGUAGCCCCGCAGCUGGCUGCAGAGCCUGCCAAGCGGCCAGCAGCUGCUGCUGCUGCAGAAGAAAAUGUUUUCUACAGCUGAGCAGCUGGGGCCUGUGACUGCAGUGCAAAGGCCAGAAAUAAUAGUUCAAAAUGCAGUGAAUCAGCGCAUUUGUCAGACUCUGGGAGCCUACGCAACGAAAAGAAGAUACUUGGUUGGUUGGAAAGUGAGAACAAAGAAUAUCCAAACUGGUAGUCUGUAAUUUCAUAACAAUAGUUUGGAACUCCGACUCUUUUAUUCACAAACUUACACAGACAGCUCAGAAGCUCUUGCUAGGCCAAGGAAGAUUACUCUUUCUUGAUUGUGAUGGGUUCUGAAGCAUGGAUGAUGCACGGCAUUUAAUGACUUCUGCUCAAAGGUCCAAUUUUGUAUUUCUCAGAAUAUGCUUACUAAAAGAUACUUGUAAUAUACAUCUACUUAUGUUAGCCUGACACCUUCUAUUAAAAUAAUUUAAUAAUUAAAUAAAAUUACACAUUGAGUAGUAUAAAAAUUAUUUCAGGAAAUGGGUUUCCCCUUACAACCUGGAAAAAUGUAGACAUUCUGUUUGAGAACUAUUCUAGUUCAUUUAUUUUUACCCAUCUCUGAUGCUUAAGUCUGAAUCUCCACCUUUAAAUACUGGAUUUAUGGAAGGUUUUUUAAAUUUUAUUUUAGUUUUAUGACUAGAAUACACUCAUGAACUGUAUCGACUGUGGCUUCACUAUGAAAGAUUUCAUCAUUUUCAAUGAUUUAAUUAUGAUUGGCAUCUUUUUUUUUUUUCAGAUGCAUAUGUGCAACUCUGGCAUGAGUUCAGGUUGUAUCUGUAUUAAGUUACCGAGCAUGUGGUCACAGAUUCAGGCAUCUAACUCUGGGUACUCCCUGUACAGUCAGAAGGAAACCGUCACUUCCAGAGAUGAUUCAAACCUAUAAAAAAUAAUUCACCUUUUGAAAAUGUUUAUUUUUCUGCAUGGGCCACACCACAUUUAAAGCAAACCAGAAAAGUAUCUAUGCCUUAGCAAGACAAAUACUCCAAAGAAGAUCUUCUGGGGAAGUCUAUCUUGGAAUCUUCUCAAUCUGAGAGAAAGUCUCUUUGAAAGAUGAGAUAAAAUGCACUGAUGAAAGGACACAGAACAUGGCUCUGAAAUGACAAAGCAGUCAUGAUAGCUAUCUAGUCCUGAGUCUACUGAACCUGUUUAAGAAAUACAAUGUGCUGCUGAAAAGCUGUACCUUCUCACAGCACAAACUUGAACUACUCUUGCUCACAGUUCCUGUGGAUCACAGGGAGGGUUAGGCAUAAUCCUGACAUUAACUUGCUUAUAACUUUUGAUAAUUAAAAUGUUUUUUUUCAGACUUUAAUUAGGAAAAUAUGUUCCCUUAAUGUUUGCAUGCAAUGGCUGAAUGGUUGCAGAAUUCAGUUUUUUGAAGCUCAGCAGGCAACUUUUCCAGAUUUGUUAAAAUUCUGCUCUGGCUUGGGCUAUCAUUACAAAGUCCAGCACAUACUCUAUAUUCUGCUCUUGUACUCCAGAAUUCACUGCACUACAAAAAACAUUCAAGAGGAAUCUGCAGAAAUCAAGUCUUCUUAAUCUUAAUAAAAGGUUAUUUAUUUAGCUACAAGGCUAAAUAUUGAAAAACAUCCUAAUCUUGUUCAUAACAGGUUAAAAACUCAAUUUUUAAUGAUAAUUACUUUCCUAGGAUUCUUCUCUCAUGCAAUCCUUAUUUAUAUCCUGACAAAUUUUGCUUACUUGGAAUGCCUAAUGUAGGAAUAUAGGGGCACAGGAAAGACAAAGAAGGCAGCAGAAGAUAAUUUUUGCAUAGUGGCUUACUAUCUGGAAAAAAAAAAAGUUGGCAAUUGUACGAGUGAAGCAGAUGAAUACUCAAAUAAAGUUGAUAUAAUAGCCAGGGCAGACUUAUACAAAAUAACAGAAUUAUUUCAUUGGUGUACCACAUAUUGACCUGCUGAACAACAGGCCUGAGGUCAAAACCACUGCUUGCUGACUGCAGAUUUCUGCUUGCUUUUUGUUCUUCAUUUGCAAGCACCAGACUCAGGGCUCUUUUUCAAAGCUAAGACACUGUUUUGCUUGAAGAUUUGCUUGUUCCUCUCUGGAUCUAGCCUCCCAGCUUUGUUUCAGUUUCCCCCUAUAUUAAUGCUAAUGAUAAUAUUUACCCUUUCCAUAAAAUUUUGUGUUGACACCUGCAGAAUACAGUUGGUAACAGUGCUGGAUGAAAAAGAAAACCCCCUCUAAGGACUCUGCAUUGUAUGCAAUCACUGAGAUAAGAACAUACAUAAAUAAUGAGGAUGAAAAUUAUGAAUAUCUGAGUCAUGCCCAUCCUCCAAAUUAAGGCCUUGCAAUAAGAAAUGUCUUACUGACUACACACAAGGUAAAAAAAAAAAAAAAAAAAAAAAAAAAAAAAAGAUAUUGGAAGCAACUAGAAGCUUGGUAUUAAUUAACUUAGGUGUGCCUGACUUGGCAACAAAAAACACUUUUAAAGUCACUUGAUGAGGCAUAUCACCUAAGAACAGUGAAACACAUUUUAAUGCAUUACUCAAGAGACUGACAAAAUCAAUUUUUUUAGCCUUGUUUUCCAAGGCAGUGAUGUUUACAUUAUUGCCCUGACAAUUUACCUUGUCUCAUCCCUAAACUUUUGACCAAUUUCAACAAAACUCAGCAGAGGAUUCUCAAUGUAACACAUCCCCAUGUAUUUUGUGCCAAUCUCAAUAGAAACAGUGAAGUGCCCCUUUGAAGGGUGCCUGUGGUAUGUUGGCAGCAAGACAGCAGAAGGUCCAGUACUGAAGGCCUCUUUUUUUUAGAAUGGUACAUUUUGUGGAUCUACCUGUUGACCUAUUAAGCACCAUGUGAUCAUACUUGGAUGAUGGAGAAAGUCUCAAGGGUUCUCUGGCUGCCUGAUAGCCCUGGCCAGGACUCAGAGGUGUUCUCAUACCAUGCUAUCUGAGCCACAAAUCAGGGAACCCUUCGGAAAAGCAAAUUACACCCUACGAGAGACUUGGACUUAACCCAUGUGCCAUCAGAAACGCUGCUCCACUGAAGCUGCAGCAGUACUCACUCAAGAGAUGAACAAAACAGAUGCAUCUCAAGCCUCACGAUGGGAACUUUCCUAUCAUGUUGUUAAUGUAGGCACACAGAGAGCUAUGCACGUCUAUGUGUGUGUGUCUAUAUGUAUGUAUACCGAUAUCUGUAUCUAUACACAACUAUAGCGAGCUAUGCAUAAGGCAGCAGCGGCUGCUCAGAUGGUUUGAGUGGCACUGCUCAGACACGAGGGGACAAUGCGGAGCCCUCGGGCGGGCGGCCCUGGGCUGAGCGAGGGCGGCGCUGGCGGCCUCGGGCGUUAAGACCCGGGGCUGCAGCGGGAGGGGGAGGGAGCGCUGCGCCGGGAGAGCCGGAGAGAUCCCCGCGGACCGCGAGCAGGGAAGUCAGGCACCUGGCGGCGGAGGACAGUAACACAGGACAGAAGGGGAAAUCUCCGUCUCUCCCUCUCUUCUGCAAGAGAUCCUCCUGUUUUUCUCCCAACUCUUAGAAUAACCUUCGAAGAAGAUAAACCCCUACAGACUUUCUUAUCUUGUUAUAUUUUUAAAAUAAUUAUUAUUGAGAGAAUACCUUCAGCUGCAAAACAGUCUUGGAAUCUAUGCAGGACUUGGGAGGUUUUGUUAUCUCGCCGACGAAAUCGUUCAUCACUGCUGCUUUGCUCUCGCAGGGUGCUCAGUUGGCCACCGGAGUGGGCAUGGCGAGAGCGGCUUUUAUCAUACCCUCCUCAGUUUGAACACAUUUCCUUGAAAUUUGCUGCAUGAUGCCGUCCGAGGAAGCAGGAUUUUUUCACGGGAUGCAGCGAUUCGUCGUCGGCAUCUGAGCUUAUUGCAGAAGGAAAAAAACCAAAUCUUCAACAGUGGUGGUGGUUUUUUUUUUUUUCCUCCUGUCUCCUCCUUUUUAUUACCAGAGGACGCGAAUCUCUUCCACCGGGGACGACAGAUCACCUGUCGCUUUAAACCUUAAGGGAGUUUUUUUUUUUUUUUCCUUAAAAAAAAAAAAAAAAAGUGAAUUAUUUUUAUUUAUUUAUUUAUUUAUUUUAACCGGUGGAGGCGUGAUCGCAGAGAAUGAGACUGAGGGGAGCUGCCGGGCUUUGGAGGACAAGGCUGAGUUUAGGCUGGAAACUGAGAGACUAGAUUAACCCCCCUCCUUUUUUAUUUGUUUUUUUUUAUUAUUUUUAUUUUUUCUCAUUUUUUUUUUUGGAGGGGGGCACAAGUUCCCGUCUUCCUCAACGCUCCGCGCUCAGUUUCGCCUUAUGGACCGAUCAGGCAACCUAGCCACGGAGGAGCUCAAGAUGGAUGAAAAGUGGAUAAUUGUAAAUGAGGAAGUCAGAAGACCUGGUGCUAUGACCCGAGAGCAGUAUAUUUUAGCAACACAGCAGAACAGCCUUCCAAGGACUGAAAAUCCUCAAUUUUACCCAGUAGGGAUUUAUGGAUGGCGAAAGAGGUGCUUAUACUUCUUUGUACUUCUGCUGUUGGUUACCAUGAUUGUUAACUUAGCAAUGACAAUAUGGAUUUUGAAGGUUAUGAAUUUCACAGUGAGACUGUUGCUGCACUUUGAACAGAACUUCUGGUUUAAAUUCAUCCAAAAGGAAUCCCCUUCAAAUGCAGAAAAACUGCCCCACAGUCUGAGCCAACAUGGAGAUGGAAUGGGAAAUUUGAGAGUCACUAAAAAAGGAAUACGACUUGAAGGAAUAUCUGAAUUUCUACUUCCAUUAUAUGUGAAAGAAAUAAAUUCCCGAAAGGAUAGCCCACUGGUCUUACAGUCUGACAGAAAUGUAACAGUGAAUGCGAGAAAUCACAUUGGACAGUUAACUGGACAACUGACAGUAGGAGCUGAUGCUGUGGAGGCCCAGUGUAAAAGAUUUGAAGUGAGGGCAAGUGAAGGUGGAAAAGUAUUAUUUUCUGCAGAUGAAGAUGAGAUAGUCAUUGGAGCUGACAGAUUGAAAGUAACAGGAACAGAAGGGGCAGUGUUUGGACACUCCGUGGAGACCCCCCAUAUCAGAGCAGAACCUUCCCAAGACCUCAAACUUGAAUCUCCAACUAGAUCUUUGGUGAUGGAAGCACCCAGGGGAGUGCAAAUCAAUGCAGCUGCAGGAGACUUAAAGGCUACGUGUAGAAAAGAACUGCAUUUACAGUCUACAGAAGGGGAGAUAUUUUUAAAUGCAGAUACAAUCCGCCUGGGAAAUCUGCCAGUGGGCUCCUUCUCCUCCUCUUCACCAAGCUCUUCAGCUCCUCGCCAGACUAUUUAUGAGCUCUGCGUCUGUCCCAAUGGUAAACUUUACCUGUCCCCAGCAGGAGCAAGCUCCACGUGUCAGUCCAGUAGCAACAUCUGCUUGUGGAGCUAGAAGGACUCCAAUUUAUCCUCACACCAGAAUAGCCUUUUGUUACUAUCCCUCUGCUUCACAGUUCUGCUCGGUUUCCCUUGUGACAAGUUUGACGCUUCAAAUGGCCUGCAGAGCAACUUCUUCCAGUGUAAGCAGGAAUACAGCGCUGCCUUCUCUCGUGGUUUGUGUUACCACUCAACGUAGAGAUGGGAGUGAGAUAUUCAGAAAUCAGUGUAUUCUUCAUCAGGAAACCUGGAACAUAAUAUCACCUUUUAUCCAAAAGGGAGAAUAACACAGGUGCCUUUGCUACAUGAAGUGAAGCACAUAGUUUUAGAUUUUUGCAGGACCUGGAUAUGAACUGCACAUAUAUAUAUAUAUACAGUACAUAAACAAAUUUGCCCAGAAUCUGAUGGUGAGAUGAAUUGGUUACCCACGUAUGAUAAAUAACUCUACUGUCUGAAAGCACAAUUUUCCAUUCAUCUUUUUGGAUGUAAACUUUUAUCCCUGAAUUUUAAAGUUUUGAAGCAUUGUGUGAUGCUUGCUUUACUAAACGAUUACAUUCAGUAAAUGGUUUUUAACACAAAAAGAGACAGAAUCCCUCCCUGAGUUUGGUUUCUUUAGAAGUGUGUUGUUACUCUUUGUCUACUAAGUCUAGGGUUUUGUACACUAGGUAAAUUUUGGAAGUGCUCAGCAAUAUUACCUUUCAGAGUGAAAAAAGACAUCUUCUCCUGUUUAUCUGAUCUGAAUGGCCUUUUAUAUUAAUUUUGUGGCUACUGCAUGUGAAGCAAUUGCUUUCACUAAAACAUACAGGCUUGGGGAAAGAAGAACAGGGUGAAGAGGGAAAUACUGAUGAUAUGUCUUUUGACCAUUGUAUUGCUUUUCAUAAAGUAAUUAUAAUUGGCAAAGGAAAAAAAAAAAAUCUUCAAAAGUACAUCUUGUCCAUUUUCUAGCUAACUACCACCAUUUGAACAUAGCAUAAAUAUUAGUACUAACGCAAUGUGUAAUGCUGAGAAGCAGUUCACUAACAAGUGGUAUGACACUCAUAUUUUUUAUUCUCUUUUGUUUACCAUCUGCUGCUAAGGUAUCAUUACAUUGACUUCAUCAGGACUGUUUUUAAAUAAUGCAGCCCCAUUUGCACCAAGAUAUCACUGCUGACUUCCUAUUUUUGACCGGUUUAAUAUGGGAUUUCUUACUUGUAUCAACAUUCAUACUUGAUUCAUUUGAUUUCUAAUUGAAAUCUUAUGAAAACACUUUGGUAUACUGCUACAUAAAUUUAUCACACCAUUGAUUAACAAGAGUAUCUUGAAACUUACAGAACCCAGGAAUGUAAAACAGUAUAAAAAUGUUUCCUAUUCUGGAAGAUGGCUUGAUUACAUAAGGUAAGUGCACUUUUUAAUAUUAUCCUUUAAAUUACAUCACCUAGCAUGUAGAUGUAGAGGCUUCUGAAUGUAAGAUCAUCAAUUCAGUGACAGCUUUUGCAAGGUAACUCUGAAGGGCAAAGAGUGAAAGGUGAGUAUUUCUACAGAGUAUAUAUUUUUGUCUUUGGAAAAAAAGUAGAAAAAGAAGUAAACUAAUGUUUUGAUUACCUUGCUAUUUUAUUACCACCUAAUAAGGCUGACUUUGUUUUCACUUCAGGUGAAAUUCACUCCUAUGCAGAAGACCAGCACAAGACGGGUGCAUUGCUUAACUGGUGCUAGUCUUUCCACUGGUUCUCUUCAGAGGUGUGAAUUUCACUCCAUAGCAAGAAUGCUACACUGGUGUUUUCUAGCAUUUAAAUCAAGAUUUUAAACUAAUUGUUUUAUUUCUUCAAAAGAUGGUUAGUAAAAAAUAAUUUGUUGUUCAUUUAAUAAUUUUAAUAUUUCACUUGAAAGAAAAUGUGUUUGAAAAUAUUGUAGGAAAAUAUAUUAGAAGCUUGGAGAUUUGUAGUAAGAGGGACAGAAACAGAUCCAAACAACAGGGAUAAUAAAACAUUUGAAAGUCCAUCAAUGCAAUAUACACUUACUUAAAACCAAAAAGAAAUAGAUGUCUUUUUAUACUUUUUGUUCUACUUUUUACAAAAUAGCAUGUAGGUGUGAAAGUCCAAGGAUGAAAGGAUAAGUAGUAUUCCAGGAGGACAAGAUAAAUCCAUAUGCAUUCAUUAUCUCUGUACACCCACAGACACUGGUUGUUUCAAAGAUGAAGAGGUUCUACUGACUUAUCUAUUCUGUGAAUUAAAUUCUACCUUCUUACAAAUUCCAGACAAAUCGACUAAGUUUUUUUAUUAUUAUUAUUCUCAAAUAAAUUCACUGGAAUGGCUUGCAGAUACUUUGUCAUGCAUAUUCUAUUGAAUAUUUCUAAUUUGUUUGUUCUUCACUCUAUAUAAUAAUUUACCUGUAGUAUAUUUCUAGCCACUGAACAAAUAGACUGAAACUUUAUAAAUUCUACACGAACAGAAUAAAAAAGAAACAAACAAACAAACAACAACAGCAAAAAACAAACAAACAAACAACCCUACAUAUCUUUUGUAACGGGAUUCAUAUUCACAAGGCUAAAUAUUUUACCUCUGUGUAUGAGGAAAACUUAGGACAGAUAUGUAGAUAGUACAUUGGACAAAACCGAGCCAGUAAGUCCACAAAGUUUUGCACCAUCAGGAUCUUCUUGCUACCAGUCAUUUCAAUCUGCCCCAUAGUAUUUAUGAUACCAAGUAUCAUAUGGCACAAGUAAAUUUGGGAGCUUUGGGAAACUAUGAGGUGGUUAUAAAUGUCUUAAUAUUCUGGUGGCUUUCAUAAUAUUGAUAUAUACAUCCAUGAAAGCUAUAAGAAAAAGAAAAGAUCAGUUUUCAUUUUUAAGGAUUUUUCUGGACCACAUGACUUCAAAGCGUAUGAGAAAAGGGAUUUCAAUGCAUUUAAAGGACUAAAAACAUCAGAACACCAAUAAUAUAUAAGCAGUAUCAUUUUUUCUGAGCAGGAAGAGAAAUCUAUCUGGAAUUUUUUCAAAGUUUGGAGGUGACAAUAGUAGAGUUCUUUAGUUUGUAGUAUGCUUCAAAAAGUGACACAGUUCCACCAUGUCAUUUCAGAUGCAGGAAAACUGACAGAUCUUAGUGGAAAUACCAUGUUAAAACAUGGAGCUAUACCUUUACUAUUUCAGUCCUGGUUUUCUAAUGUCAAGGCAUGAAAUAAAGGUCAUUAUGUGCAGAACCAUUCAGAAAUUUUCAGUUACUUUUUGUCACCUCCCUCAAAAAUUCUUGGCCCUUUCUUUGUUUUAGUCCUUAUUAGCCAAGUAUAAUGUCCCACUAUUCAUAUUAUGUAAAGUUCGUGCUGUAUCUCUUACUAUACUAGUGUCUUAACUAAAAAUUUUAUCACUUAUUCCAGAAAAGAGAUGUUGCUUCUUAUUCCAGCUAAGGAUGAGUUUCCCUUUAACAAAUCACUCUGUUUUGACAAUUGUAGAGAAAGAUUGAAGACCUCAAGGUAUUUUUAAGCAUUAAAAUUAGAGCAAUUAAAAAAACCAAGCAAACAAACAAACAAACAAAAACAACUAAAAAUACUCUUUUGAGGCUCUUUCUAGUAUAUGAAUACAUGUAUCAAAUAAAGCUUCUUUUUGUACUCAAAUGUUUGGGAACCACUAAGAUAGUAUUGCAGCUGUUUGACUUUUCUGGAGUUAUCCCUAUGGCAACAGUGAAACAUACGAAAAGACCUUAUUAGCUACAUGUAUUUAAUGCAUACAAGAGAUUUAUCUUCUGUAAAAAUAUGCAUCAUUAUAUUAUAGGAUACUGUCUCUUUCUUGUUUAAAAAAGAAAAAUAAAAGCAUCAGCAAUCUCUCAGCACUGUUAGCUGUAUGGUUUUGUACUGCAGUUCAUUUGUUGGUUAAGUGAUAAGACCAAAGACUGACACUUCUACUUUAUCUAACAUUAUGACACUGCUGCUUCUACUAAUUCUGUUGGAAUGAAGAGAAAACAAGUUGUAAUUACAACAUGAAAUUGUAACAUAGUUUAGAUUUGUACAGCAUUUUGAGCUGUAGAUUGUUCACUUUUUCCCAGAGGUUUUUUUUUUGUUGUUGUUGUUGUUAUUUUCUUUUCUUUUGUUUUUCAGCAUUGUGCAGUUAUGUUACUGUUUGUACUUAAUAUGAAUCUUCCAGUGUUCAUAAAAAGAGGAGAGUGUAUAUUCCAACCUGUGCCAAGAUAUUGCUUCUUUCAGCUGAAGCUAUACUGUUUUGUUUGAAAAAUGGUGGUUUAACUGGACAACACAAUUUCAUUUUUUAAAACAUUUUAGUUGCAGAGGGCUAUUACAUCUGUGUUGAAGAUACAGCCAUAAAUGCCUAGACGGGUUUUAUGAAGGUUGCUUAAGAUACUCUGUUACUGACACUUUGUAUUGUUUUUUAUGGUUUUGGUUUAAGAUUCUAAAUCAUUGUCUAAAUAAUAAACAUGUAAAACACUA